UUAGGCCGUCUUUUGCUGGAGAAAAGAGCAGCUAUCCUGCGGUUAAAAAGCGUGUCCAAGCCGUCGUGAAAUCUUCCAAGGCGUCCACGGAGAGGGGUAGGUUCCAAUGACCCGGGCGAAGAGGGGCGGCGGCGGCGGAGAAAAUUAUGGGAGUCUGGGGUAAGGUUUUUGGAAACCGUUGCUCCGGCUAAGCCAUCCGGGCCCGACUGCCAGCCAGACCCAGACGUAGAUUGGAGAGCCUACCUCCGAGGAAGAAAGGCGAAAAAAGUUGCCGUCAACACCAUCUUCUUCCGUCCCCUUGUCCGGCCACAUGGUCUACCUCCACUAGUUUGUGGAUGCUAUCGAAGACGCAAGACCGAGCAUUGAUGUCGUGAGAGCCAUCAUCUGCUAGCCUCAAUCAGAAUAUUUGAGAGCCUCAAGGAAUGACUUUUAAGUCGAGCGUUCACCACGCCCCGUUGUCGGUUGCCUUUUGUCGAUCACCGUCGCCUCGCCAUUCUCUUUAGCGAGCCCUCAAACAAUACCUCUGGGAAGCUACAACGGCACGCCCACCCAAGCUGGCCCUCUUAUCUCGCCGUCUCCCCACCAACCCGGAUUAUACGAGGCCCGUCUACCGACGGCGGCAACAGCAAACAUGGCCGACGUCCAGACUCACACGCAGAAGCCGGCCAGCGACAGCGGCAAGGACGGUGUCUCUGUCUACCUGGACUCGGACAAUGCCGGCGUUGUUGGCCGCGAGAACCUCUCCGACCUCGUACAACCGCACGAGUCCUACGAGGGAAAGCACCGGUGGGAUCCCGCCGCGACCUGGACCGCCGCCGAGGAAAGAAAGGUUGUGCGCAUCACCGACCUCAAGCUGCUAUCGAUGCUGUGUGUAAUGUUCUUUGGCCUCCAAUUGGACAGAGGAAACUUGAGCAACGCUCUGGCCGAUGAUUUCCUCAAGGACAUGAAGCUCACCAGUGAUGACUACAACAACGGAAAUACAAUCCAGCUGGUCUGUUUCCUGGCCGCCGAGUUCCCCGUCCAGCUCCUCACCAAGCGGUUCGGUUUCAAGUACGUGCUGCCGACCCUGAUGAUGAUGUGGGGCACCGUCUCCUGGGGACAGGCCUGGAUGACGACCCGCGCCGGCUUCUACGUUACGAGGGCCCUCAUCGGAGCCUGUGAGGGCGGUUUUAUCCCCGGUACCAUUCUCUUCGCGACCUACUUCUACACGUCCAAGGAGCUGUCGGUGCGACUGGCCGUGUUCUGGUCCACCUUGAACGUUGCGCGAGUCAUCUCGGCGCUGCUGGCUGCGGGUAUCCUACAGAUGCGUGGCAUCGGGGGACACCCAGGCUGGUUCUGGUUAUUUCUGCUGGAAGGCCUUCUCACCUGUGUCUUGGCUGUUCUGGCUUUCUUCUGGCUCCCCCAGUCUCCCACCAACACCAAGACGCCCCUCUGGAGAAAGCCGUGGUACACGGAGAGACAGGAGGUUAUUAUGAUCAAUCGCAUCCUCCGCGACGAUCCGGCCAAGGGCCUCACGGCACUCAAGGAGCCGGCGACUUGGAAAGAUAUCAAGAACGCGUGGUCCGACCCAUCGAUGUGGGGUCUGUACCUCAUCGGCCUCGUCGCCUACAUCCCGGCGACCCCCGUGCAGGCCUACCUCACACUUACGCUCCGCCGCCUCGGGUUCACAACGUUCAACGCCAAUAUGCUCACAGUCCCCUCGGCGGCUCUGCAAAUCGUCACCAUGCUUGCGCUGGCCUUUAGCAGUGACUACUUCAAGGAGCGCGCGUUCCACUGCAUUUUUGGCGAGCUCUGGAUUAUGCCCCUUCUCGUCUCGCUGAUCACGCUUCCCGACGGCGGCCGGGAAUGGUCUCGUUUCUCUAUCAUCACGCUCAUUUCGGGAUAUCCCUACUUCCAUCCGAUCGUGUCAUCGUGGAUCUCGGAGAACACGUUCGACGUCAAGAAGCGCGCCAUCACGGCGGCGACGUACAACGUCAUUGUCCAGAUCGGAUCCCUCGCCGGUGGGCAGAUCUACCGCUCCUACGACUCUCCCUACUACAAGCGCGGCAACACGGCCUGCGUGUCCAUCUGCGCGUUUAGUCUUGUCGUGUUCCUGGUGCAUCGCCAGGUGCUGGUGACGAUGAAUAAGCGCAAGGAGAGAGCAUGGAACGCCAUGUCGGCUGAGCAGCAACACGCAUACCAGAACGACUCGGCGGCACGCGAGCUGGACGGAAACAAGCGGUUGGAUUUCCGAUUCGUCUACUAGAGACGGACGUGAAGUGAAGUCCGAUCUGUUUUUGAGGAGUUGUUGGCAAAGCGACGAAUCAUGUCAGAAUUGAGCGAGGCAUACCUGGAUACCAGUCUUUUGGAAAAAGACAACAAAUUUGAAUAAUUACAGUUUGAUGAGAGCGAGCGGCCUUAAGGGAGGGGGGUGACAGGGGGUUGGCAUGGAGGUAUGCACUAACAAUUUACGAUCCUAAGUAAGCAACACAUAAUACCUGAAUUACACU